AUGGCCACGGUACCCUUGCUCUGGGCUCCAAGGGGGAAGGCGACAGAUUGCCAUUUUAUCGAAGCUCCGGUGGAACGUGCAGCGCCCCCCCGUUGUGCCAGCUGUAUUGACUUGAACUCACCACCGACGACGCCAACAUCUUCAUCUCCCUCCUUGCCGACAACAGCUCACUCGAUAUACUCAGACACACAGACAAUGGUUCACGCACGGUCGGUGCUGCAGAAUGUCUGCAGCGCGCUGCUCCUGCUGGCAGUGGGCACCGAGGCCCUGAAGUUCGACAUCCAGGCGGGCAGCGGACACGACAGUCUUUCGAGGAGAUGCAUUCGGAACUUUGUCGCCAAGGACAUGUUGGUGGUGGUUACGGCUAUUGUGGAUGGAUACAAGGGCGAUGGCAUGCAACUGAACAUGCACAUUAUGGACGCGGCAGGGAACGAGUACGGCAAGCCCAAGGACAUUGCUGGCGAGCAACGCACCGUUUUCACCUCCCACGCCGACGCUGCUUUCGACGUGUGCUUUGAGAACAUCCUCACAGGGAACAAAUACGUCCAGAACCCCAACCGUCACGUCGAGCUCGACAUUGACAUUGGUGCCGACGCCAAGGACUGGGCUGCCGUCCAGGCCAGCGAGAAGCUGAAGCCCGUAGAAACCGAGCUGCGCAGAAUCGAGGAGAUGGUGGGCGAGAUUGUCAGCGAGAUGGACUACCUCCGCCACCGCGAGCAGAAGCUCAGAGACACCAACGAGAGCACCAACAACCGUGUGAAGUGGUUUGGUUUCCUCACAACAUUCUUGCUGGUUGGGUUGUGGGCCUGGCAAAUCAUGUACCUGCGGGCGUACUUCAGGUCGAAGCAUCUUAUUUAA